AUGAUUCGAAAAUUUCAGCUUCUCCCUGUUCCCGAUGUUUUUGCCGAAAAUAUUGAAUACGAUAUACUAAUGCUACUCCCUCCUACUAUGCUUGUUCAACUGAGUCAUGAAUGUCAAGAAUGGAGAGGUAUUAUUUCAGAACCAGUUUUUUGUAAGAGGAAUCUGAGGCUCGCAGGCAGUCAACAAGUGCUUCUCGUUUUAAGAGAUUCAUAUCCAAUUGAUGUUGAUGAAGAUGAAGUGGAAAACAGGCACAUAGUAUUUUAUCGUCAUCCAAUCUCCAACAUAGAGAAUACUCUCAAUAUGAAUGACAACAGUGAUUUCCACUACUGGGAUCUAACUCUCAAUGAACAGGUUCCUUUUCCUGAUUUUUUUUCUGGCAUGAUGUUAGAUUCUCUACCCGUUUCUGAUGGACUUUUUUGUUAUAACAAUAUGUUGGAUAACCCUAAUUUGUUGAUGAUAUGGAAUCCAACUCUUGGAAAAUAUAAGGAAAUGGAGUGUUGGAGGCCAAUAACAAAAUCCUACGUAUUAGUACCCUCUCUAGGCUAUUCGAAUCACUUGGGCGCUUAUGUUUUCUUUGCCGUUUUUCUUAAUUUAUAUGAAAAAUGUGAUGGGACUUUCUUCCAGAUGUAUAAUCUUAGGGACCAGACCUGUACUAACUUGGGCGAAUUUCCUAGCAAAAAUUUGAUAAGUAGCAUUGGUCUAUUUCUAGACAAUACUCUCUAUUGGUUGGAUACAAGUUAUUCAACUAUUUCAUAUGAUUAUGUUAGGAAGGCUUACAAUGACGCCGUAGAGUUCCCUGACAAUUUUUUUCCCGAAGAGGGCAGUGAUUAUAUUUUGGACACUGUAUCUCAACUCUGCCUACUUAAAGACAAAGUUUCCAUCCUGUCUACCAUUCGCUUUCAACCUAAUGACUCCUUUAGUCAUUCCAUUUGGACAUUAGAGAUCGAGGGUGGAAAUUGGAAUCUGAUGUACAACAUCCAGUUUCCCAAUAUGGACUUUUCUAACGAUCCCCUAUGGAUAAUUCCUCUGUUUAUGGACGACGAUGACAAACUCAUAAUGCUACUCCAAAGGCCUCUAGAUUUUGCCAUAUUUGAUGUCACGCAUUCCAUUUUCCGUCGCCAUUCCAUCUUCCGUCUGACACAUAUAACUUCUCUGAUGGUGUGCGCUCUUUACCAAGAAAGCCUCGUUUGGCCCUUUUAA